AUGGACUCAUUCACCGCAGGCGACAUCACCCACCAAAAUGGUGAGGUCACGCACUACUACGAAGGAGGCUCUGCAGACGGCACUCCCCUAAUCUUCAUCCACGGCUGGCCCGACAUCGCAGAAUCAUGGAAACACCAACUCGCACAUUUCGCUGCCUCAUCAAAAUACCGUGUCAUUGCACCUGACAUGCGCGGCUACGGCGACUCAACGGCACCCCAGAAGAAAGAGUCUUACCGCCUUGAAGUCCUCGUUCCCGAGCUCGUUGAGUUCGCCUCAAAGCUAGGCAUCAAGAAAGCAGUAUGGAUCGGUCACGACUGGGGCUGCGGCGUCACCAACGCACUUGCCGCACACUACCCUGAACUCUUCAUUGCCAUGGCAAACCUCUGCGUCCCCUACCGAAGCGUGGAACUGGGCCUCGAUUACCUCAAGAGCACUAUCAACCGCGACCUCUACCCUGAAAGCGAGACCGAGUGGGGAAACUGGGAGUACAUGCGGUACUACGAGGUGAAACCCGAGCAAAGCGUCAAAGCGUUCGACGGCCACUUGGAUGUCAUCACCAAGAUCCUGUAUGUGAAGGGCGAUGACAGUAAGUGGGGCCAGCCCUCACCCACAAGCCGUGUCUUGAGAGACGGAGGUUGGUUUGGUGGUCAUCCGGAGAACCUUCCUGACAUCCCACUUUCGUACACAUCGUUGGAUGAGCAUCUUUAUGAAAGCCUGCUGAAGAGCAAGAAGAAGCAUGGGUUCUUCGGUGCGAACGCAUACUACUUCAACCACGAAGCGAACGUCGAGUAUGCGAAGAGCCAGAAGAACGAUGGUGUGUUGGAGUUUCCGUUCCUGUACAUUGAUGCGAAGUACGAUGCUGUGUGCUCGCCUAGUGUGCAGCCGAAGUUGGCGGAGAGGAUGAAGCGGGAUGUGAAGAAUUUAACCUAUGAGACUAUUGAGUCGUCGCAUUGGGUACAGUUGGAGAAGCCGAAAGAAGUUAAUGAGGCGUUGGAGAAUUGGCUCGCUACCUUGUGA